AUGGGCAUGGAGACUAUGAAGGGCAGGAGGAGCCGAGGUGUGUCCUUCCGCUUCUUUCUGGUUGCAAUCGCGUGGCUGCUCGUACACACGGUGCAUUUGUUCACCAUCCCUCACGGGCGGAUUUCACCGAGUCGCCCGGGCUGGAAGGAUUCUCGCGGGCCACAGGUGACACGCUGGCACCCUGGGCGUGGCGGAGUUGCUUCGCGCGCCAGCCCGCAGCAGGACAGUGGUGCGGAGGACUGGCUCGCCAAGAGCUGCGAGGAGGUGGAGGGCUUCAAGAAGGCCCAGGUGCCCAGUUGGGCAGAGGCUGUGCUGAUUGACGGCGGGCUGGAAGCAGACGAUGAGUUCAUCCAGCGGACGGUGACCGCACUGCAGCAGCAGGGCGUCACCGGCAAGUCCCUGCUGGAGCUGACGCUGGAGAAGCUGAUGGCAGCUCCGUACAACAUCCCUGGCGGCCCUGCAAGCUCUGGUGAGAAGAGUCCGGCUGUGUUGCAAGAGCCCCAGCAUUGCCAUCUGCGUCCUCAGCCACCUCCUGGGUGCAGGAGGCAGUAG